AUGGAGAAGGGUAGCCGAUCAACGAAUAAGCAGAUCAAUGUUUAUGUAAGUUCCAGAGGCGAUGAAGUUGAUGUUUACGAAUUCACCAACAGGCUUUGUGCUGCUUUUGAAAGUGAAAUCCACUGGAUUUCUCGGUUCCCUGAGUUUCUCAUUGUGAUACCAAUUUUCUACUCUAUCGAUCCAAUCAAGGUGGUAAAGGGUUUUGAUACGAUCUGGAAUGUGGCCAAAAGACUCAGGAAUGACAAAAAACUAACAGCAGAGGAUAUGUUGAGAAUCUACCACGAUGACCCGAACGAGGCACUAUUCUCCAUCCAACCAACCAUUGACGAUUUAAUGCGGUUACAAUGCUUUUCUAAAUAUAUAGGACGGUUUCAAGAAUGGAGGUAUGCUAUACAAAAAGUGGUGGACCUCCCGGGUUGGGAUGUCCGACAUGGUCAAAGCUCGCGAGUGAUCAAAGGAAUUACUAACGAGGUCCUGACACAAUUGCAUCAAAGAGAUUUUCCUUUUGAGAUGGUUGGGAUGCAAUCUCGUGUGGCCGAAGUCAAAAGGCUUUUGAAUUUGGGUUUAGAUGACAAAGUUGGAAUAGUGGGCAUUUGUGGUAUGGGCGGAAUAGGGAAGUCAACUCUUGCUCAGGUAUUGUACAGAAGCAUUUCUUGCUGUUUUGACGCUUCUUGUUUCCUAGAGCAUAUGAAUGAAGCUUUAACGCAAGAUGGUGGAUCUCUACAAGAAAUUCUUCUUCAGAACCUGGAGACCAGAGAUCCAGAUGUAAGGUCUAUUCUGAAAGGAAUGUUCUCAACACACAGAAGUGUAGGACACCACAAGUUUCUCCUAGUUCUUGAUGGUGCUGGUUUUGAACAAAAUCUGGAAGCAGUGAAUUUGAUUCGGAAAUCUAAUUGGUUUGGAAGGGGAAGUAGGAUUAUCAUAACAACUAGAGAUGAACGAGUCCUUCAACUAUGUGAAGUGGAUGCUAUUUACAAGCCUAAAUUAUUGAGUGAGGACGAAGCACUUCAAUUAUUUUGUGUAAAAGCCUUCAGCCAUAACUGUCCUGUGAGAGGAUAUGAAGAGAUGACACAUAGUGUGCUUGAAUAUGCUAAUGGCCUUCCAUUAGCAAUAGUGACUCUGGGUUCAUCCUUGUGCCAAAAAAGCGUGCAAGAGUGGAGAAGUGCCUUGGCUCAGUUAAAGAGAAUUCCUAAUCGUCAAAUAACGGAAGUUCUCAAGAAAAGUUUUGAUGAGUUAGAUCAAAUGAACAAGGAAAUAUUUUUAGAUAUAGCAUGUUUUUUUACAGGGAUGAAGAUUGAUUGGGUAAAGGAAAUUCUAUUGUGUUGUGGUUUCUCUGCAGAAAGUGGAAUUGAAGUUUUGAUUGAAAAAUCACUCAUGAGCAUUUCCAAUCACAAAAUUGAAAUGCAUAAUAUGUUGCAAGAAAUGGGACGACAUAUUGUUAGGCAAGAAUUCCCUUAUGAGCCAACUGAAUGGAAUAGGUUGUGGCUUCUAGAUGAUAUUGAUUAUGUUAUGCAACAAGAUGAAAGCAUGGCUGUUGAGAGAGUUGAAGCUAUAGUCCUAAUUUUGGAAGACUCAAAAAGGGCUGCUUUGAGAAUUGAAGCUUUAUCAGGCUUGAGCAAUCUUAGACUACUUAUAUUUCAUAACGUGAGCUUUUCCGGAACCCUACAUUGCAUUUCAAACAAGUUACGAUAUGUUUGGUGGCAUCAAUAUCCUUGCACAAGUUUACCAUCAAGCUUUGAGCCUUAUGCAUUGGUUGAAUUGAUUUUGCCUGACAGUAAAAUUGAAGAUAUAUGGGAAGGCAGAAAGACGCUCCCUAACUUGAAAAUCUUGAAUCUUAGUGGUUCCAAAAAUUUGGUUAAGAUGCCAGAUUUUGGAGGGGCUCGAAAUCUUGAAAGCUUAGAUCUUGAAGCAUGUACUGGAUUAUUGCAACUUCAUCCAUCUAUUGCUGAAAUAUCAAAGCUCAAGCUCUUAAAUUUGAGAAGCUGUAGUAAUCUUGCUAGUAUACCUAAUGCCUUGUUUUGUCUAAACAACUUGGAAAUGUUAAAUCUGGCUUGCUGCUCAAAACUUGCUCAUUGUUUGAAUUUUUCCCCUUUUGAAGUGCUUGAUGAAAAUGAAGUAACUCAGCAGCAACCAUUUUCUUGUAAGAGACAGAAAUUAUGUAAACGAAAAUCUAUUUAAGUGCUUUGGUGUUCAGGAAUGCUA